CCUCCGGCUCUUAAUUCGCAUCGGUUAUCGCUCCUCCUCCACACUGUACCCGCACUGCAGCACACCAUACGAGUACGAAAGAGAGUGACGAGUAGAGCUGUAGAGAGAGAGGGGGGUAGACGUAACGCGAAUCCAACGAGGCCAUAGAUUGAGCGCGUGUGCCGCGCUCGCCCGCUGCCAUGCCCAUGCGUGCGUUAUAGUUGGAGAGAGAGAGAGGAGAGAUAGGGAGGGUGUAGGAGUUAAGGAAGGCGGGCAGGUGCAGCAAUGGUGGAUGCCUCCUGAUUGCUGACUCCGAGAACUCCAGCGGGGCGGGGAAAGCUCCUCUCUCCUCUCUUCUCUUCCAUGUAGCUAGCUCCCUCUCCUUCCCUUCCUCCUGAGCUGUAUGCAUGUUUACUGCUUCUGCUUCGCCAGGACCAGAGAGGUUACUGCUUCGUACCGCGCCCCCGCUGGCUCGCUGCAUCUCUCUAUGCCCUGCCCUGCCCUGCUGCCGCUUCUUUCUUCCUCUUGCGCGCGUCUAGUGGCACCGCAGAGCUUGGCGUAGCAGGCGCGACGCGAGGGCGUCUGUCUAUAUAGCGCGCGCCUGGUACUGCUACCACUAGGCCUCGAUCGUAGCACCGCUCGCUUACUUUGUUCUGCAAGUCGCCGGCCGGAUUGGGAUUGCGCGCGCUCGAAGCAAACGACGUGCCCACAAGACUAGGAGGCAGGCGCCGGGAAGCCGGGGCCAUGGACUUCGGCGACGACCUCGUGCCGGGCUCCGACGCCCACCGCCGCAAGAAGCGCUACCACCGCCACACCCCGCGCCAGAUUCAGCAGCUCGAGGCGAUGUUCAAGGAGUGCCCGCACCCGGACGAGAACCAGCGGAUGCACCUCAGUCGGGAGUUGGGGCUGGAGCCGAGGCAGAUCAAGUUCUGGUUCCAGAACCGCCGGACUCAGAUGAAGGCGCAGCACGAGCGCGCCGACAACUGCUUCCUCCGCGCGGAGAACGACAAGAUCCGCUGCGAGAACAUCGCUAUGCGCGAGGCGCUCAAGAACGUCAUCUGCCCCACCUGCGGCGGCCCGCACUCCGGCGCCGACGACUACUUCGACGAGCGCAAGCUCCGGAUGGAGAACGCACACCUCAAAGAAGAGCUUGACCGGGUGUCCAGCCUGACGUCCAAGUACCUGGGGCGGCCCAUCACGCAGCUCCCGUCGAUGCAGCCGCUCUCCAUGUCGUCGCUGGAGCUCUCCGUCGGCGGGCUCGGCAGCCCGGUGGCGCUCGGCCCCGCGCUGGACCUGGACCCGCUCGGCGGGAGUUCCCCGUUCCAGCUCCCGGCGCCCGUGUCCGAGAUGGAGCGGCCGAUGAUGGCCGAGAUGGCGACGCGGGCCAUGGACGAGUUCAUCAGGCUGGCGCAAGCCGGCGAGCACCUCUGGGUCAAGGCGGCGGGUGGCCGGGAGGUGCUCAACGUCGACACGUACGAUAGCAUCUUCGCCAAGCCCGGGAGCAGCUCCUUCCGCGGCCCGGACGUGCACGUCGAGGGCUCCCGCGACUCGUGCCUCGUGCUCACCAGCGCCAUCGCCCUUGUCGACACGUUCAUGGACUCGAGCAAGUGGACGGAGUUCUUCCCGACCAUCGUAACCAGAGCGCGCACGAUCGACGUUCUCGUGAACGGCAUGGCCGGCCGGAGCGAGUCUUUGGUGCUGAUGUACGAGGAGCUGCACGUGAUGUCGCCGGUCGUCCCGACGCGCGAGUUUUGCUUCCUCCGCUACUGCCGGCAGAUCGAGCAGGGCCUGUGGGCGAUCGCCGACGUCUCCGUGGACUUGCAGCGGGACGCACGCUACGGCGCACCGCCGGCCCGCUCGCGCCGGCUCCCAUCGGGCUGCCUCAUCGCCGAUAUGUCCAAUGGCUACUCCAAGGUGACCUGGGUCGAACACAUGGAGACGGAGGACAAGACCCCCAUCAACCAGCUCUACCGCGACCUCGUCCUGAUCGGGGCGGCGUUUGGGGCGCACCGGUGGCUGGCAGCGCUGCAGAGGGCGUGCGAACGGCACGCGUGCCUCGUGACGCCGCCGCACAGGGACAUCGCCGGGGUGACGUUAGAGGGCAAGAGGAGCAUGAUGAGGCUGUCGCAGCGGAUGGUGGGCAGCUUCUGCGCCAGCCUGAGCGCGUCGCAGCAGCACCGGUGGACGACGCUGUCGGGGCCGGGCGCGGGCGUGGACGAUGCGGCCGGCGUGCGCGUCAUGGUGCACCGCAGCACGGACCCCAGGCAGCCCAGCGGCGUGGUGCUCAGCGCCGCCACCUCCAUCUGGCUCCCCGUGUCAUGCGACCGGGUGUUCGCCUUCGUGCGCGACGAGAACACGCGCUCCCAGUGGGACGUGCUCUCGCACGGCAACCCGGUGCAGGAGGUGUCCCGCAUCCCCAACGGCUCGCACCCGGGGAACUCCAUCUCCUUGCUCAGAGGCCUGAACGCGAGCCAGAACAGCAUGCUGAUCCUGCAGGAGAGCUGCGCGGACGCGUCGGGGUCGCUGGUGGUGUACGCGCCGAUCGACCUCCCGGCGGCGAACGUGGUGAUGAGCGGCGAGGACCCGUCGUCUAUCCCGCUGCUGCCGUCCGGGUUCACCAUCCUGCCCGACGGCCGCGCGUCCAGCAGCACGGGGUCGGUGGUGACGGUGGCGUUCCAGAUCCUGGUGAGCAGCCUGCCAUCGUCGCGGCUGAACGCAGAAUCAGUGGCCACGGUCAACAGCCUCAUCGGCACCACUGUGGAGCAAAUCAAGGCGGCCCUGAACUGCGGCAGCAGCCAUUGAUGAGGGGCGCUCCGCCUGCCCUCCGUCAGCGGGAGCGAGUAAGAGCUCCUCCCCCCAUUGAUUCCCAUUCAAGGCGAACCGGGGUUUUGGUUGGUUGGAGCCUUGAAUGCCCCGCGCAUUCAUGGAGAUGGAGGAGCGCGCCGUGGUGGUGGUGCUGGUGGUGGUGUCGCUCGGCUGGGGUUCAUCCUCUGCCGCCGCCGCUAUCACCCCGCCGUCCGGUCGCUGGAUGGAAGCCCACUCGCCCACGUCGUCUUCUUCCACGUUUGGUUAGGUAUCUAGUCUAGUUUCCAUGAUGAUCUCUUGGUUUGCAGGGUUACUUACGUUUGGAGUUUGCAUGCAUGCAUGCACGCAUGCACGAGCACGUCUCGGAGUUGGAGGCUUUGCAUGAGCCCGAAGGAGUCAAGAACGCACCAUGCUUGUCCCGUUCCUCUCGCCGCGGCCACGUCCUAUCAUCUUCUUCUUUCUUUUUCUGUAUUUUCUUCUUCUCCUCCCUUUUGAUCCUCCUCCCAUGGCCAUGGUGUAGUGUAGCCGCAGCAGAGGAUGAAUGGUUCGGGUAUUGACUUCUGUCCAUCAAUGUAAAAGCCUCCAAUCAAUUAAUGAACAUUCAGGUUUUCCUUUGCCCAA